AUGGGGAGCCCAAGCCGGCGAGCGGAGCGUGCAGAAAGAGCGGGGCGGCCGGCCGCGGAGAAGACACUCCGGAGGCAUGGGGCCAGCUCGGAGGCACACAAUUCCGGGGACACUUCUAAGCAAGCACCAGGGCACGCGGGGCCGGCCGUGGGGCGGGGGCGCGAAGCAGCCACAAGCCCCGCGGGCACGCCCCCAGCCCCGCUCGGAGGCCGCGGGCCCCUGCACCCGGGCUACCCCUCCGAGGUGGAAGAUGACCGCCCGUCACUCACCUGUCCUGCCGCCGCCGUGCCCGCCGACCCCCAGUGCCAACCGGGCCCUGCGCUACAGCCCGCCCGUUCCGAACCACGCGGCGCCCGUGACGGACCGGGAGACGCAGGACACCGAAUCUCCGCCCUGACGCGGCCCCGCGACCCGGCAGCCCGACGCCCCGCACUUCCGGCGCCGCCGGAAGCUCCUGCCUCGCCUCUCGCCCAGGCCGCCGGAAGUCCCGCCACGACCUCCGCCCCGCGCCGGAAGUCCCGCCCGCGGCCUCCGUUUCAGCCUCGACCGUCGGAAGUCCCGCCCCGGGCCUGCACGCGCACCGGAAGUCCCCCGUCCGCCCGCGUUGGCGGGGCCGCGCGCGCGGGGACCUGGGGCAGUGGGGGCGCGGUGGCCGUUUUUUGCGCCGGUGACUGCCCGCCCCCACCCCGCGGCGGCGCUCGCCCCAAGAGAGAAAGAGACAGCCAGCAAGAGGGAGAACACAAGCAGGGGGAGUCGGAGAGGAAGAAGCAGGCUCCUACUGAAGGAGACUGAUGCGGGGCACGAUCCCAGGACCCCGGGAUCACUCCCUGAGCGCAGACGCUUAACGACUGAGCCACCCAGGCGCCCCUCCCAGAAACCUCUUCUGAUUUGUUCACAAAACAAUUAUUUAUUAAAAUGUUAUUUGUCAAUAUGUAGUGCAUUUAUCAUCUUUAAGUGAAUUAAAAAAUAUCUUAAUAUACUAGUCUUAAUAUUUUUAAUAUAGUAAAUACGGAUAGAUACCAACAAAAGUAAGCAAGAGCUCUUUAAGUUCGUGGUAAAUUCUAAGACUGUUAAGGUGUCCUGAGAACAAAAAGUUUGAGGACCCCUGCACGUCACUUUGCUAAGCAGUAAUAAUUCAGUAUUUUAAAUUUCACAGGCACAAGAGGAAGGAACUUGAGCUAUGUAGGCAUUUUAUAACUACUUAGAGAAAUAAUUUCACAUGUAGUCUGAAUUAAGAUACUCUUGAUAUAUAACCACACUUUAUUCAAUUUAUCUGAAUAAAUGAAUGAUUGU